UAUCAAUACGAUAUACGAGAAUGACGACUAUGAUUAAUAUUAAUUGCUAUCUGUAGGAAAUAUCAUCGAUUGGAAACGAUCGGUUUAUGUGUUUAUAGAUUAUUUAUUAUUUCCUGUAGGAAUUACGGAAUUUCCGUAGUACGUUUGAUUUAGUUGUACGCAUUUUUAUGGAAUUAAAUAGGAUUGCAGCGUUAUUUUCGUUACUUCAAUUACUAUUGUUGGAAAAAGUAAUUCGGUUAGUGUAGGUACAUCUAUUGAUUAUUACAUUACGCUUUAUCAUAUUCUGACGUUUAUAUGAGUCAUAAGAAGCAAGAUCGCUUUAUUGUUGUGCAAAUAUUUCUAGUUUAUCGUACGAUGAUUUAAUAAUGCAUAUUUAGAGAAGAGAUCGGGUUAUUUGAAAAUAUUUUUUACUUUCGAGGUAUUUCGAAAUUCUCAUGAAUAUUCAAGUCAAAAUGGAGUGAUGAUUCUCGUGAGUUAUAACAUACAAGUGCGACUAAAAUGGCGCUGGGUGACUCGAGGGAAGUAUCAAAGGUCAUUAGUUGAAUGCAGAUAAUUUACUUCUUAUACCAAACUGAGGGUGUUGAUUCGAUUUAUCUGCCUCGAAUUUUUUCCAUUUCUCACUCAUGAAGUCGUAACGUGCGUUUCGUUCAUGAUUUCCCGACAAGCUGAUGGAGGAAAUGAAUACCCACAAUGGAGGAGUUCAUUGCUCAGUCAUUGCAGGUGGUGGAAUUAUUCAAUGAAAAUGUAGGAUCCUAUAUCUUUUCAAGAUGGAUUGGCAGAUUUAUUGAAGAAUAUCAGAUAUCAAGAACUCUGUUUAUUGUUGCAACAUCAAUAGUUUUGACUAUAUUGAUAGUGUCUAUAAUCAUCCUACGAAAAUGGAAAAACAAAGAAUUUCUCCCAGAAGUGAAAGAAUUUGUCGGAGUGGGUACAGGCAAGCCCAGAUUCAGAAAAAGAGACAAGGUGCUCUUCUAUGGAAGAAAAAUGUUACGCAAAGUGAAAUCUAUUGGUGGACAAGUACACGCGACCGGACAAGGAAAAAAACGAAAAGCUGUCAUGCGGUUUGCACGCAGACUUUUACAACUGAAGAAGGAUUCAGCCCCACAACAAUUAAAGGUCUUGGAACCACCUGCUGAAUAUUUAGAAGAAGAUCUAGGUCCUGGUGACAGAGUGCCUCCAGAUGCUUUGUACAUGUUGCAAAGUAUUAGAGUAUUUGGACAUUUUGAAAAACCUGUAUUUCUGAAAUUAUGCAAACAUACUGAGAUUAUGAGUUUACCAGCUGGAAGUACUUUAUUUAAAAUUGGAGAUCCCGAUGAAAAUUUAUUUAUUGUGCAACAGGGCUUGGUUAAUGUUUUUAUCACAGGACCAGAUGGUUCUCAAAUACCGUUAAAAUUAGUAAAAACAGGAGAAUCGGUAACUAGUCUUCUUAGCUUUACUGAUGUCCUUACUGGACAUACAAGUACCUAUAAAACAGUAUCUGCUAGAACUGUGGAGGACUCCAUAGUAGUUAAGUUACCAAUGAGUGCAUUCCAAGAGGUUUUCCAAGAUCAUCCUGAUACAUUUGUUCGAGUUAUCCAGGUCAUUAUGGUUCGCCUCCAAAGAGUCACCUUCACCGCUUUACAUCAAUAUCUUGGCUUGUCUGCUGAAUUAGUUAAUCAGGGAACGCAUAAAAAGAAACAAAGCCCAUUCUCUGGAUCACCGGUUAGAUCAAGAACUAAAGAAAAUUUUUCCACUCAAAACACGGAAAAUCUGUCGUUCACGCCUGCAACUGCUUCAUCAGAACAACAUGAUGGAAAUGAAAUGCUUUAUCGUGAAGCUCUUACUUUAAGCAGCCCUCAACCUGUACCAAUUGUCAUAAAUACACGACCAAGAACUAAUCUCGAGUGGAAAACUCAAACUUCAAGUCCACAAUCGGAUCAAAGUAUGGCAGAAAUGGUACCAGAAUGUGAUUCUCACUGGCCAAAUUCUUCGCCUAUGAUGCCACAACAAAGAUCACAACCAGAUGUUGUGCAUACAGGGAAUUCCCAUCGAACCAAGAAACGGUCUACCACCGCUGAACCUGUUCAACAGCAAUUAGACGAAGCUCAUUUUGUACAAAUAGCUACAGAAGCAUUUGUUAGAGAACUUGGCUUGGAUGACGAUACGGUACUCAAGGAUGGCAAAGUUCAGAUCAGAGAAGUACCAGCUGGAACUUAUUUGAUGAAGGAAGAAUCUCAUAAGGAUGUUGCUCUUGUCUAUGUUGUGUCCGGUUCACUGACUGUGAGCCAACGCGUUUCAGAGGGCAGAGAUGUUGGUCAAGAAGUUCAUAUGUUCAGUGCUCAUCAAGGUGAAAUUGUUGGAGGAUUGGCUGUAUUAACCGGGGAACCCUCUUUUUAUACUAUCAGAGCAAAACAUCCUAGUCGCAUAGCACUUCUCAGUAAAUCAACAUUUUUUGCAAUUAUGAGGGAACAACCCACUGUUGUGUUGCACGUAGCGCAUUCUGUCGUUCGAAGACUUAGUCCUUUUGUUAGACAAGUUGAUUUUGCUCUUGAUUGGCUAUUCCUUGAAAGUGGAAGAGCUGUCUAUAGGCAAGGAGACGAGUCAGACUCGACGUUUAUUGUAUUAAGUGGUCGUCUUCGAUCGGUAAUUACAUAUAAAAAUGGAAAGAAGGAACUCGUCGCAGAAUAUGGUAAAGGAGACUUGGUUGGCAUCGUAGAAAUGGUCACACAGACUCCACGAUCAACCACAGUAAUGGCAGUACGAGAUUCUGAACUAGCAAAGUUACCCGAAGGACUGUUUAACGUUAUCAAACUUCGUUUUCCAAUAGUGGUCACGAGGCUCAUAAAUUUACUUGGACAUCGUAUUCUUGGUACCUGGCAAAAGCCACAUGCGAAAAGCAUCAAUAUUGAUAAGCAACGAGCAACUGCAACAGUGGACACAAGACCAGCUCAAGUCAAUUUUUCAACCGUUGCUAUAGUCCCAGUAUCCGACGAUGUACCAUUAACAGCAUUUACCUAUGAACUUUACCAUUCAUUAUGUGCUAUUGGGCCAUGUUUACGUCUUACUUCAGACGUUGUCCGAAAAACACUGGGCAGUACUAUUAUGGAACCUGCAAAUGAAUAUCGAUUAACAUCCUGGUUGGCCCAACAAGAAGAUCAACACCGGAUCUCGUUAUACCAAUGCGAUCCAACGUACACACUAUGGACUCAACGAUGCGUGCGACAAGCUGACUGUAUCCUCAUCGUUGGUUUAGGAGACAGACAACCAUCUAUAGGUAGAACGGAACGUGAAAUUGAACGUUUGGUAAUGAGAACGCAAAAGGAACUGGUGCUAUUGCAUAAAGAAGGCGGACAACGGCCUAUGAAUACAGUACAAUGGUUAAACAUGAGAUCCUGGGUUUCUAGUCAUCAUCACAUUCAGUGCCCUAAGAGAAUGUUCACGAGGAGAUCCCAGUACAGAAUUAAUGAAUUGUAUUCCAAGGUUCUUAUGUCAGAACCUAACGUACACAGCGAUUUUAGUAGACUUGCACGCUGGUUGACUGGAACGUCGGUUGGACUUGUACUCGGAGGUGGCGGUGCUAGAGGUGCAGCCCAUGUGGGAAUGCUUAAAGCAAUCAUUGAAGCCGGUAUACCCAUAGAUAUGGUUGGGGGAGUCAGUAUUGGGGCAUUUAUGGGUGCACUGUGGUGUAUGGAGAAAAAUAUUACAACAACAACUCAGAAGGCUCGCGAAUGGUCUAAAAAAAUGACCCAAUGGUGGAGGCAAAUAAUGGAUCUGACGUAUCCAGUGACAUCCAUGUUCUCUGGAAAAGAUUUUAAUAAGACGAUCCAAGGGACGUUCGGUGAUACGUAUAUAGAAGAUCUGUGGUUACCGUAUUUUACAAUAACCACAGACAUCACUGACUCUUGUAUGCGUACCCACACACACGGAUCGCUGUGGCGGUACAUUCGGGCUUCGAUGUCUUUGUCUGGUUAUAUGCCACCCAUGUGUGACCCAGUUGAUGGCCAUCUCCUACUCGACGGCGGGUACGUCAAUAACCUUCCAGCUGACGAAAUGUUAAGACAAGGAGCACAUCACAUUUUGGCCAUCGACGUUGGGUCACAAGACGACACGGACUUAACGAAUUACGGUGACUCUUUGUCCGGUUGGUGGUUACUUUGGAAACGAUGGAAUCCUUUCGCGACUCCCGUUAAAGUACCGAAUUUACCGGACAUACAGUCGAGAUUAGCGUACGUCAGUUGCGUGAGACAACUGGAGGAAGUGAAAAAUUCUGAUUAUUGUGAAUACAUCAGACCACCGAUAGAUAAAUACAAAACACUUCAAUUCACUAAUUUCGACGAAAUUAAAGAUGUCGGAUAUCAGCAUGGAAAGACUUAUUUUGAAGGACAAUCAAAGGCUGGAGUUCUACCACGAUUCAAUGCCGAUAGAGAGAAUGCACGCAUUUUACGAGCGAAACAUCAAGCAUUGAAUCAACAGUCUGUAUCUUCGUACACUUUUACAGAUCUAGCUCAAAUGGUAUGCAAAGUUUCCACAGGAAAUCGAUAUAUGGAUAUUGAUUCCGACACGGAUGAAUUAGAAGAGUAUGAGGCUGAUUUAGAAGAAGAUGCACAAGAAGUAGGUUAUGCGUCUGAACCCACUGCCGGUAUUCUAGACCAGAGUCCUGAUGAAAAUUUGCGACGAAGAACUGGCGUCUCCUUAAGUUUAUCGGAUACGGAGGCUGAAUCCGAAUUAGAUUACCAUCCAAAAAUAUUUUAAGUAUUUCUUUUUCUCACUGUUAUUUUAAGGCCACGUAAUUUCUAUAUCACGCGCGAUACAUAAACAUACAUAACACUCACUCGUCAUAUGUACAAACUAUUAUAACAUUACAAUCACGCAUAGUUAUAUAAAAAAAAAAUGUAUUUAUACGAAAGUACAAAAAAUAUUAUUAAGAGGAAAUAUUAAUAAGUAUCUUGUUAUUGUCAGCGUAACAAUACAAUACUUCGUUAAUAUUAGAAGAUCAUGAAUUGAUAGUUAUUGUUAUUAUGACUACUAAAUAUAUUAUUUUAUUGUUUAUACAAAAUGUUCUUGUUACUCGUAUGUUUAUGCACUGUGACAACAUCAAGUUCCAUUCUCGAGGGUCCGUAUUAAAACUGUGUAGUCAUUGUUAAAUUCGGGUCUAA